AUAGUUCAGUAACAUUUUACGAUUUGAAGUGUUGGGUGGAAUCGUAGGUCGUCAGCUAAAUAUAUUUCAUUUUUGCUAGUUUUAACGUUAGUGAGUGAAUCCACAAGCCAGGGAUAGUGAUUAGAAAAGGAGGACAGUGAUACUGAGUGCGCUGCAUCUGAGCUCAAGAUUAAUUAGCAAUCAAUGAAUACGCGUAGUAAUAUUCAUAGUGCCCCGCAGCUUCUUGAACUGAUUAUUCAGGGCCGUGUUCGUAUGUGAUUCGACGACUUGGACAUUGCUUCAAGAGUUCGUAAUCUUAUUUACGAGUAUCAUACAAUACCAGUUGUCUUAUCAACCGUUUAUACUUAUUAGUGCUGCGAAAGUCGAAUUUGAAAGCUAUCAGAAGCAUCGAAGUUGAUUGCAUAAAGUAAAUUGUAUGGUGCUCUCACUCCAUUCUCCACAUAGUCGUCGCGACCCUCCAUGUCUACGUAGGUACAUGUAGCGCAGCGCACAGCUCUCUGCACUCAAACCUAUCAACACGGUCGCAAAAUAGCUAAGUGAGCUGUGAGUUUUGUUACGAUCCAAAGGUUAAUUCUCUACCGAUAAUCAUCCUGAGCUAUCAGCGCACAGAGCAGUUCAAGAGCGCCGUGUGCUAUCGCCUCAGUUUGCAAAGUUGUUCGGAGGUAUCCAGAACAACCCUUGGGAGAUCUACAUCUCUUUUGUGCAAUUAUAGGCGAAGUGUGUGCAAUAUUCGCCUACUAAGAUAUACGCAUCUCCGGUUCACAGUGCAGUUAAUAAGCGAAGAAAAAGAAAUCAUCGCCAGCGCAGUAGGCACUUCUUAGCAGCCUUCACACAAGAUGCCGAGCACGACGGUCAACCAGGAUCUGCAGCAUGAGCGCGAAAAGUGCUCGUUCAAGAAUGAGGAUUUCACCGUGUGGUGGAUCGGUGGCGAGGCCAAAUUGAAGGAAAAACGAUCGCGAGAAAAGUUCUUCCUAUCAGAGCCGGAGUUCUUCGACAAAGUUCCUCUGCACUUUGUAUCGCACAAAGAGGUCUACGAGGAAUCCGUCCGCAAAUCAACCGUCAUUUUCCGCAAGGUGAAACAAAUGCAAGAGCAGGGCAAAGAUGGGGUCGAUAAUUACAUGGCUCUGUUAGGAGGUCUACUAGGCUCCGGAAUUAUCAAGGAAGGAAACCCACUUGCAGUGCAUUUUGUCAUGUUUCUUCCUGCCCUGAUGGGUCAUGGCACUCCCGAGCAGCAGGCAGAGUGGAUAGGGAGAGCGUGGAAUUGUGAGAUUAUUGGAACGUACGCCCAAACUGAAUUGGGUCAUGGUACUUUCAUCAGAGGACUGGAGACAACAGCAACCUACGAUGAGCGAACGAAGGAAAUAGUCCUGAAUAGUCCUACGUUGUCGUCUUACAAGUGGUGGCCAGGAGGACUCGGUCACACGGCAAACUACUGUGUAGUAAUUGCUCAGCUGUAUUCUAAGGGCAAAAACCAUGGGAUUCAUCCGUUCAUAGUUCAACUUCGUGAUGAGGAAACUCACAUGCCCAUGCCGGGAAUUACCAUUGGCGAAAUCGGCAAUAAGCUUGGUAUGAACGGAGUCAACAACGGAUUCCUGGGAUUCAAGAACGUUCGUAUUCCUCGGGGUAACAUGUUGAUGAAGAACGCCAAGCUUCUUGAGGAUGGAACCUUCGUAAAGCCACCAUCAUCCGUGCUGACAUACGGAACGAUGAUGUUCGUCCGAGUGGUCAUUGUGCGCGAUAUGGCCAAUUAUUUGUCGAAGGCGGUGACAAUUGCCACCCGCUAUUCUUGCGUGCGCCGACAGAGUGUUAUCAAUCCGGACCAGCCCGAGGUGCAAGUCAUUGACCAUCUUACCCAACAAUACAAGCUAUUUCCAGCUAUCGCCAAAAGUAUUAUUUUCAAACUGACUUCGGACAAUUUGUGGGACAUGUACAACCAGGUGACAUCCGAACUGGACAAAGGUGACCUGGAACGGCUACCGGAGUUGCAUGCGAUUGCCUGUUGCCUGAAGGCCGUUAGUACUGCUGAUGCAGCGCAGGCCGUUGAGACGUGUCGGUUGGCCUGCGGAGGUCACGGAUACAUGACGUGUUCGAACCUAUUUGGCACGUACGGUAUGGUAACGGCUGCUUGUACAUAUGAAGGCGAUAACACGGUGCUGCUGCUGCAGACGGCCAGAUACCUAUUGAAGGUAUGGACUCAAGCUCAGAAGGGACAGGAACUAGUCCCGACCGUGCAGUAUCUGAAGAAAUUCCUGUCCAGUAAUCAACGUCAGACUUGGGACGAUUCAGUGCCUGGAAUCAUUGCCGCCCUUCAAACUGUGGCCGCUGGUAAACUACGGCUGGCAAACGACCACAUCGAGCAGCGCAAACGCGCCGGUUGUACGCCCGAAGAAGCCGUCAAUCUCACAUCGAUUGAAUUGGCGCGGACUGCCGACGCUCACUGUCGGGCCUUCCUGGUGCAGUCCGGCUAUGAAAUGAUUGAAAAAUCUUGCAAAACUGCCCCACCGGAGUUGGCACGUGCCUUGAGAGAUAUCUACGAGCUGUAUGCGUACGACGAGGCCAUGAAGGCCGUCGGAGAUCUGUUGAGGUUUACAACCAUCAGCGAGAGCGACAUUUCGCGACUGCAGCAAAAAUUGGAAGGCGCCUUGGCUGCCAUUAGACCGAAUGCUGUCGGUAUUGUCGAUUCGUUUGACAUUCCGGAUAUGGUGCUGGGAUCGGCACUAGGUGCCUACGAUGGAAAUGUGUACGAACGUCUUUUUGAAGAGGCUAAGAAGAGUCCACUCAAUCAGGAACCAGUCAACAAAUCAUUCCAUCUGUAUUUGAAGCCGUUCAUGAAGUCGAACCUGUAAAAUGUUGGUCGAUUUCUUGUUAGACGGUUGGUAUGCGAACGAGACUUGUUAUACUAGGGAACGGUGAUAGAUAAUCAAUUGUUAAUAUUUUUAUUCACAUUUAUACUUUUAUUCUUGAGACGAAAAGCAAUUGAACACAUGGUGAUAUUUUCAAUAAAAUGAAAAGCAUUUUGUACAAAUUAUAAAAGGACAA